CUAGUACUGUACCUAGUAGGGAUAUUUGGUUGUUGACUGGACCGCUUCCAUAUUCACGUUGACGGAACACCAUAGCUUCUAAUGUGAAAGAGUGCAUAUACCCCGCUCGGAAAGAGCACUUGGGAAGAUGAAUAAACAGGCAGGUGGGCUAUUUGCCUUUGUACAUAUAUAGGUAAGGGGCCCAUCCAUCUUCGAGGAGAGGGGUUACCUGUUGCUACCAAUCCAUUCGGAUUUAAUUCAGCCCCAGCAACAGCCAUGGUUCUGCCCUCAACUUAUAUCGGCCUGGUUCUCACCGGGAUCUUCUCACAUGUCGCAUAUUUCAACAAAGGAGAGCACCAUCUCUAUGGAUUGUUCUAUAUCAAGUGCUUCUUGCUCAUGAUCACAGCUGGAACUGCUGGUCUCUCGUUCACCCAAGGACUGGUAUGGACUACGGCCUUGGGUACGGUUUCCAAGCCAGUCGCCGCAUAUCUCCUCGGUCUCUACGGAAGUCUCCUCAUUUAUCGGAUCUUCCUACAUCCUUUGUGCAAAUUCCCUGGCCCGUUCGCUGCCCGCAUUUCGACUUUGUGGUUAACGGCCCAUUCGUGCGCACUGGCUCCUCUGAUAUGCAUCGAGGCAGUCCAUGGCGCCAGUUCUCGUUGCACGAAGGGGAUCAUAUACGAUUUCUCCUAUCCGACGACAUCAUUGCCGACCCACCGCGAUCCGACUGAGCAUCACGCGCGACGCCGUGUUUGGAGCACGGCAUUUAGCGAUAAGAUGCUGCGGGGGUACGAACAACGCAUUCGUGGAUAUCGUAAGAAAUUGGUCGACCGGGUUAUAGAAAUGGAGGGACAGCCGAUCGAAAUCACCAAGUGGUUUAACUUGUACUCGUUCGACGUAAUGGGCGACCUGUCAUUUGGACAGGGCUUUGAGAGCCUUGAAAAAGGAGAGGCGCACUGGGCUAUUAAGCUACUGAACGGAACCAUGGGCUCAUUGGGGUUGAUGCUUCCCGCAUGGCUCUUCUUGUUGGUCGCAGCGAUCCCCGGCUUGUUGUCGGAUUUCUGGCAAUUCCUCGAUUUCUGUGGGAAAAGGAUAAUGGAAAGAUUAGAAAAUGAACCUGAAAUUCCCGAUAUCAGCUCACCCUUGAUUGCUCCCGUGAAGGGCAGGAAGAUAAGUGAACAAGAGAAAGACCUGCUGUAUGGGGAUUCGCGAUUAGUUAUUAUCGCAGGAAGCGACACCACGUCCGGAACGUUGUCGACUAUCUUCUAUGAACUUGUCCGUCAUCCAGAGGAAUUCCAGAAAUUGCGCGCAGAGCUGGCGCCGUACCUUGAUAACGAAGAACCGGACGGAGAGUUUCUACACUCGAAGAUCGUCCAUCUCAAACAUUUGAAUGGAGUCAUCAACGAAGCCCUUCGAUUGUAUCCAGCAGUGCCAAGUGCGUUGCAGCGUAAGGUUCCUCCAGAGGGAAUUGUCAUUGACGGAGUUCAUAUUCCUGGAGGAACCCAUGUGUAUUGUCCGCUGUAUGCGAUGGCACGGUCGAAUCUGUGCUACGAGAAACCCUGCGAGUUUAUUCCCGAGCGAUGGUACAAAUACCCUGAGUUAGUCAAAGAUAAACGAGCUUUCGCUCCAUUCAACAUCGGCCCCUAUAACUGCAUCGGACGACCACUUGCUUUGAUGAACAUCCGAACCACAGUCGCUCGACUCGUAAUGGAAUUCGACGUGGAGCUCGCCCCAGGAGAAGACGGAUCACGGUUUCUGGGAAAGGCCAAGGAUAAUUUUGUGUUAUAUUAUGGCGAGCUGAAUCUGGCCUUUACCCAUCGGAAGUAGUUUGUACCAUAAUAGCUACCU